AUGUACGAAGGGAUUGACAAUCUGAAAUCCCUUUACGACCGUGCCGGGAAGACUUUCUCCGGCGGUCCUUCUGUGGCACAGGAUGUGCCGCGUCGUACUGCUAAACCAGACCCAGUACGUCGAUCAUCAGUUGGGAGCGGGGCUCCCAAGAAUCCCAGGACGGGGGAUAGCCGCGCCACCGGACGAGAUAACUCGUCCGACGUCCGUUCACGUCGCGGUGGUUCAACAGCUGCUCAACUAGAUAGCGCUGGCAACCGCGAGAGUCCUCUAAUGGAGGUGGAGGAGGAGGAAAGACGCUCUCCACACGAUCAUGGGGAUCGGUGUGUUCCCGUGAGCUUCUUUGAUCGCAUAACGCAAGGGUUACGCGGUGAUCUCUAA